UUGAUCGGCGCUUCCGGUUUCACUUUCACUUUGUAAUUUUAAAAGUUAAUGUUAUUGACAAAUGUUGUGCAAUGACAUUAGUCAUUUCAACAACAUAUAUUCUGGAAAAACGAACAAUUCAACAGAUUUAAUUAACAAUGGCUAGUUCACAGGGAGUCGAUGAUAUGACACAUGAAAAGCAGACGGAGGACACAGAAAUUGAAAAAUCUGAUAUGGCCUGCAGCAUAAACUAUUCUCAGUGUUUAGUACCAAAAGGUAUAGACAUUGCAAAAUAUAACCUUCAGAGAGAUUCGUGGCCUAGAGAGGGAAAGCAUAUCCUAGCACAGUAUGAUGAUCGCAGUGUUAUUGUUUAUCAAGCAUUUAAUCCAGCUAUUGCUAAAUACGCAGUACAAAAUCAAAAAUUUGGUGGAGAGCAAUUCAGUUAUGAAAGAAUGUCAUGGAUAAAAACGAAUUUUCUGUGGAUGAUGUAUCGUUGUGGAUGGGCAAGCAAGAACAACCAACAAAGAGUGUUAGCAGUUAGAAUAAGUCGACAUGGAUUUGAGAAAAUUUUGGCCAAUGCCUUUACAGUAAAAUUUCAAAGAGAACAGAAUUUACAAACUGGCGAGAUAAGUGUGCGACUACAAUGGGAUCCUGAUCAUUCUCCGACAUAUGAUAAACUUCCAAGAAAAGCCAUACAACUUGGAUUAAAAGGGGAGAUCUUAAAGACCUAUGGUACAGAGUGGAUACAGAGUAUAACUGAUAUUACUGACUUUGUUAAGUCUCAGAAGAAAAUUCUGGACAGAGAAGGUCAGAAGGAAUUAAUGACACCAAAGGAAAGAGUUUACAACGUGCUGGAUUGUAACACUUGUAGCAGGAUAGAUCUUGAUGUUUUUGAAGAAGGGCAAUCCAGCAACUUUGGUAUUCAUAGUAUUGUAAAGAAAGCUGAAGAUGCUGCUGCACAGACCAAGCCAAUGCCAGCUCCAUCCAAUAGACUUUGUGUUCUCGGACUUGGUUUUGAAGUUGAGACUGAACACUUACAAGAGAUAUUUGGAAAGUAUGGACCAAUUGAGAGAGUACACAUAGUUCGAGAUAAAAAGACUGGGGCGUCAAGAGGAUAUGCAUUUGUGGAAUAUACAAAUCUAGAAGAUGCAGUUGAGGCUAAGGAACAUUUACAUGGUGGACAUGUAGAAGACAAAGAGAUAACGGUAGAAUUCUCAAAAUCUAACUUUAAAGGUCAAGAUAGUCAAAGAAGUGGUACUUCAAAACCAGACCACUGGAAAUGUCAAGUUAGUGGUUGUGGAAAUAUGAACUUUCCCGUUAGAAAACGAUGCAGUAAAUGUAAUGCACCAAGAACAAGGAGACUUAAUGAAAGUAAUACACAGGAUGGUGGUGUACCUGACUUUGGAGGGGAACAAUGUGUUAGGAGUGCUGGCACUGCUGAACAGCCAGGGAGAGAAGAUACUAGUGAUAAUUACAAAGGAGGAAGAUUCACAGUACCAGAAGAUCUACAGAUUCCACACAGUAUGGAUGUGCCAGAUACAGAGGAGCAACAUUUAGCGAUUGAAAAAACAGCCAAAUUUGUAGCUGCUAAUGGUAUACAGAUGGAGAUUAUGAUCAAAUCAAAACAGGGAAACAAUCCAAAGUUAACCUUUCUAAACUUACAUGACCCUUUGAACUUUUAUUACAACCACAUGGUCAAGAUGAUUAAAGCAGGAAAAUACACUCCAACAGAUCAAAUGAAAGGGGGUGAAUCAAUAGGUAUCAACGUUCCACAGAAUACAAGCUGACAGUAGAUUAAGAUAGUAGUUGAAAACAUGAAAAUAAUGGAACACACCUUUUUUCCCUCUAUGGUUACAGAUAUAUGUUGCAAUCAGUACAGUUUUGGUAAAAUCAGGAAAAUGAAAACUAUAAGAUCCACCUAGAUAUUAUGAUAUGCAUACAUUGGUGACUAUUGCAACUACUAUGGACUUUUAUUGCAAGCGUGAAAUUUUUAACGGACUUGAAGUUCAUAAUACUGUUAUAAAUACAAAUGAUCUGAGAUCAUGUCACUAUAUAUUUCAUUUUGGACUGUGAUAUUUAUACU